AUGGUGGCCGCGGACCUUCUCGAGCCACAGCCGGACACUGCUCGUAUGGUACAAUGUUUCCACGGUGUCGCUGAGGAAUUAUCAAAGCUUCCAAACGCGUCUGCGUUAGCUCAAGGCAAUGCCAUUCAACACGCCCUAGCGCAGCUGACCGUUCAGAUUACUCGACUUGAUCAGAAAAUGGUUCGAAUGGAUCAGAGAUUUGACCAGCUCGACAACAAAAUCGACACUCUCACUACUCGAGUCAUUGCAAAGGACGUUUUUGAAUAUAAUAGCUCGGCUCGAGUUCAAAAUUCAUAUCUCACGAGACCCACCGAUCGACUUACACCACGAAUGAGUCCAUUGACGAAUGCCCUCAUCGAAGACUUUCCUGCAAGAUCGAGAGACAUUCCGAAUAUCGAGGGACAGAGACUUGUUUCUAUCCUACAAGAGUUGGGAUUGCCUACCAAUGGAGGAAGAGAAGCUAGAGAGAAACGGUUGGGACAGCACAUCGCGCUUCAACCUACCCCAACUACUGCAUGA